CUUUUCAAAUCCCUCACGAUCGAUUUCUGUCCCCGAGAGAAAUUUUUUAAAAACCCUCACUUCGAUCUCCCUCCGUAGCUCUCUGCGGGCAUGGUUUCGAGAGACGUCCAGCCAAUUCCUCGGCCAUGGAUCCUGGAUCUCGUUCCACUCCUUGUUGUCUUUCUCAUAGCUGCCCACGUAUUGGCGCUGGUUUAUUGGAUCUAUCGGUUAGCGACUGAUAAGCAAAACCAGAGGAGGAAGGCGCACUAGGGUUUGUUUUCUACUGCAGGUAGUUCGCAGAUUGGAAAGAGGAAAAAGUUUAACUGAAGAAAAGAACUUAGCUGUUGAGGUUAAGAAUAUCAGUAUAUAAAGGAAGAAUUUUUUUUUUAAACUUAAUUGGACAUUAAAACGUACAUUCCCUUGUAAGCACCAGCCCUCAAAACUAUUUGUGGCUGAACUCUCUACUCACCUUUUUUCUCCAAAGAAAUGAAUGCUGAAAAGACACAGUUGAUUCUUCAAUCUUUUGGUACCUUUGACACAAAUGAGGAAGACACAGAUGGCCCGGUUAAGGAAAGAUGCAAAGAUCAGAGAGAAGCCCUUUUUGGCGAACCCCGCUGUGUUAAUUGUGGACGUUAUGGAGAAUAUAUAUGUGAUGAAACUGAUGACGACAUAUGCAGCAAGGAAUGCAAGCAAAUUCUUCUAUCAAAGAUUAAAAAUGAUGAAAAACCAACCUUAAAAAUCAGUAUUGCAAAAGUACCUGCAAGUGAUGAGUGCUUUUAUGUCAGGGAUGAUAGAUCUUCCGCAGAAUCUCUGAAUAUCAAUCAGAUUGAAUCUUUAAGGGCAAAACUCGGAAUUUCUGUCUGGGGAGAGUCCGUUCCUGGUCCCAUAUUGUCUUUCUCAUCGUGCAAUCUUCCAAAAAAACUUGAAGAAAAUCUUGAGAACGCCGGCUACGGGUUACCUUCGCCCAUUCAAAUGCAAGCCAUCCCUGCCGCACUGCUUAAUAGAAACUUAAUUAUUUCUGCAGACACGGGUUCUGGCAAAACUGCAUCUUUUCUCAUUCCCAUCAUUUCACGUUGUUCUCACAUCCGACUUCAACACCUUCUUCCCAGCGAGAGAAAGCCAUUAGCGAUGAUUCUCGCACCGACAAGAGAGCUCUGCAUUCAGGUGGAAGAUCAAGCUAAAAUACUCGCAAAGGGUUUACCUUUUAAGACGGCUCUCGUGGUUGGUGGAGAUGCGAUGGCUUCGCAACUUCAUCGUAUGCAAAAAGGCGUCGAAUUAAUCAUUGGCACGCCCGGUAGGCUGAUCGAUCUCCUCAGUAAGCACGACAUCGAGCUCAAUGAAGUUCACAUGCUUGUUUUGGAUGAAGUAGACUGCAUGCUGCAGCGAGGCUUUCGAGACCCGGUGAUGCGGAUUUUCAAAGCGCUUUCACAUCCUCAGUUGUUGAUGGUUUCCGCGACAAUCUCUCAUGAGGUAGAGAAGAUGGCAAACUUGAUGACGAAAAACUUAACCUGUGUGUCAGCCGGGAGUCCGAACAUGGCGACCAAUUCUGUGAAACAAAUUGUGAUUUGGAUUGAAUCCAAGAUUAAGAAAAAGAAGCUUUUUGAGAUUUUAACUAGCGAAAAGCACUUCAAGCCUCCUAUGGUUGUCUUUGUGGCUUCCAGACUAGGAGCUGAUCUCUUAUCUGAGGCAAUUACUGGUACUACUGGCCUGAAAGCUCUUUCUAUUCAUGGAGAGAAGGCUAUGAGUGAAAGAAGAGAGGUUUUGAGGCAGUUUCUUACAGGGGAAGUCUCCAUUUUGGUCUCCACGGGUAUUCUGGGGCGAGGAAUCGAUCUAUUAAAGGUUCGACAGGUCAUAAUAUUCGAUAUGCCGACUUCUAUGAAGGAAUAUGUUCAUCAGGUUGGAAGGGCUUCAAGCAUGGGAGAAGAUGGAACUGCAAUUGUGUUUAUUAAUGCUGAUGAUAAGAAACUUUUUCAGGAGCUUUUUCAUAAUUUGAAAUCUGUUGGAGCUGCUAUUCCAAGGGAGCUUUCCAAUUCACAGUAUGUGAUGGGUGGAUACUCACACGCAAGGCAACGAAAGAAGAGAAAAUUUGGUGCGUAAGACUUUAUUCGUGUUUAACUAUAGAAAUAUGUGUAGAAAUUUUAUGAUUCUUUAUAUAGACUCGCCAGGUACGCUUUUAGUACAUUCUGGUUAUGUUUGUAUUAUUCAUGAAUCGACUUUUAAGUUGGGGUAAAUUGUGUUGGUUUUUA